UAUGGCAUUCAGAGAGUGGAGGCCAUGCUGCAUACCCUGGAAAGAAACAAUUCAGACCCCACACUCUUGCCCAACAUCACACUGGGCUGCGAGAUAAGGGAUUCCUGCUGGCAUUCGGCUGUGGCCCUAGAGCAGAGCAUUGAGUUCAUAAGAGAUUCUCUCAUUUCUUCAGAAGAGGAAGAGGGCUUGGUACGCUGUGUGGAUGGCUCUUCCUCUUCCUUCUGCUCCAAGAAGCCCAUAGUAGGGGUCAUUGGGCCUGGAUCCAGUUCUGUAGCCAUUCAGGUCCAGAACUUGCUCCAGCUUUUCAACAUACCUCAGAUUGCUUACUCGGCAACCAGCAUGGAUCUGAGUGACAAGACUCUUUUCAAGUAUUUCAUGAGGGUUGUGCCUUCAGAUGCUCAGCAGGCAAUGGCUAUGGUGGACAUAGUGAAGAGGUACAACUGGACCUAUGUAUCAGCUGUGCACACAGAAGGAAGCCAGGGCUCCCAAACAGGAUUCUUCUGUGCACUUUACCUAAUGUUCCUGAAUAACAAGAUCAAUGCAUAUCUGGUUUACUAA